UGGGUUCAAAGAACUGUAGUACUGCGGGCCCUAGGCCUGCACCCGCCCCACUCUCGGGCACCAACUUACACUGCAGUUCCAACCAGACCGGCAACCCUGUCUCUAAACUAAAUGUACACUAUACUGCGGUAAAAAACAUGCGAGCACUAAAAAUCUGACAAAAAGAUUGAGCACAAAAAAGUUUAUGUGAAUCAGUGAGCAGUUCUUGUUGUUAUGAGAGAGAAGAGCGGUUUUGCAAAUCCUUAAGCGGUGCUAGCAGAACUCAACUCAACCCAGGUUUUAUCAUUGAAAAUGCAACCAUGGGUUUUUGCCAACUCUGCAACUCCGGUCCGGUCCGGGAAAGGUUUGCAAAAAAGAUAAUAAUGUGAGAAAAAUAAUAUUCUGUUCCAAGCUGUGAACUAUCUGUGUUGAAGGAGAAGGGUUGAGAUCAAAUCUCUCUCUUCUCCGACCUAUUUCUGGCCAAGCCAGUCUAAAUAAAUAAAUAAUUAAAUACUUAUUGAGAAUAUAAUUUUAAAAAUCUGCAUUAAACAUGUGGUCGAGUACAGGGCUCGGUCCACCGACCUACAGACCCUUCGAGUUCCCAUAUGACGAGUAUCGAGGUGGGAUGGGGGAGUUCGGCCCCCUUGGAGGUAGUCCAGUCACUACCUGGGGUCCAACACCCCCCACACAAUCUACCAUUACGACUACACAGGAGGAACGAAGCGAGGAUUCGAAGGCGAGUCUGGUAUGGGGCGGAGAGAAGAGUGGAGGCGGAGCUGGUGGCGGAACCCAGGGUUUAGCUCACUGGAUGUCUGUAAUGGCGGAGCAUAUGAAUCAUGAACCUACUUCCCUUCAUCCGGCGUAUAUGUGGAACGGAGUAGAGUCAAAGAUGGGUAUGGACGGAGGACUACAGGACCCUAUGGGCGCAUAUACUCGUCCUCAAUCGUCCACUUCUCUAUCUCCCCCUGCUCCAAGUCUAGUCGUACCUCAGCCGAUAAAUCCCCGGAUCCAGAACUCUAUGGGGAUGCAUAAUGGAGGGAUGAGGAAGUACCAGUGCAAGAUGUGUCCACAGGCUUUUGCUAGCAAAGCUGACCUUCAGCUACACACCCAGAUUCACUUACGGGAACCCAAACCUUAUAAAUGCGCCAGUUGUGGGAAAGCAUUCGCAAACAGCUCUUACCUGUCGCAACAUACUAGAAUACAUCUUGGUAUUAAACCCUACAGAUGUGAGAUCUGCCAGAGAAAGUUUACCCAGCUCUCUCAUCUUCAACAGCACAUCAGAACACAUACCGGAGACAAACCCUACAAGUGCAGGAUUCCAGGUUGCACUAAAGCGUUCUCUCAGCUGUCCAACCUGCAGUCCCACUCCAGGUGCCACCAGACGGAUAAACCCUACAAGUGCAACUCCUGCUACAAAUGCUUCACUGAAGAAUCUGCACUGCUUGAGCAUAUUCCCAAGCAUAAGGAGUCCAAGCAUGUGAAAACCCACAUCUGCUCCUACUGCGGGAAGAGCUACACCCAGGAGACCUACCUGGCUAAGCAUAUGCAGAAGCACUCUGAUCGGCUUGACAAGCGCGCUCCUAUAAUCAGUAGUGGAGGUCAAACCGGCUCCGGGCUCAUGGCAGAUCCAUACGCGUGGUCAAAAAUGGACCCCAUGACCAUGUAUGGAUACGGUGGAUCCGGACUUUUGGGAGAUACGGAUGGACGAGACUUAUCUCCUUAUUCUCCGCCAUGGCCCGAGAUACCAAGGACAAGUUCGGCAUUCUCUCCGCUCCAGGCUCCUCCCCCAACUGCGACUAAAACUCAGGAAUUUGAAUCAUCCAAUUUCUCAAGGCAAAUAGUCCAGGACGUAAAGAACGGCUCAAACCUGAUUGCUCUUUCUCAAAUUCGAGAUUUCUCUAGUAUAGAUAAGGAGAAGGAAGAGAACUAGGAGAAGGAGAACCAGGAGACGAAGCUUAACCAAGAAAAGAGAAGAUCAAAGAAAAAAGAUAACAAAUCCUAGUUGGAAUAUUGAUAAUUUAGCUCUGUUAGCAAGUUGUUAUAUAGAUCAUAAUAAUCAAAGGAAAUCUGGCGGAUAAAGAUAUCCUAGGGUUUAAACUAUCUAGAACCCAUGGCCUAACCUUGUACAAGGGUUGGUUGGACUCAAACCUACAUUAAACCGGCCAGGCUAAAUCAAGAAAUAAUUUGCUACAAAAAACGAAGGGAAAUUCCAAAAUCUAUAGUGAUUUAUUUAUAGAAUUUAAUAGUUUGCAUCGAGAAAUUCUGAGGAAUUAAAACAAAACAUGAUGAACUGAAAGAUGAAAGUAUCUCAAAGAUACAACAAUGUUACAGGGUUUUAAGAGCUCUUAGAGACUGCACUGGGACUCUGUGGAGAAUUUUAAAUCGAAAUUUCUUUGGAUCUUGAGAUGCACCCAUCUCUGGGUACCCUAGCACCACUAGUAUACGGAGAGCAUCUCUGAUAUUAGCCACAUUAUUGUCAGAUUAACUGGGCAUAGCUCAAUAAUUAUAAGUCUGAAUGUAUAAGACUGAAAACUAGCAAUACAAUUGCUGUUUUAGCGUUCAUUAUUUUUGUUGCUUCAUAUAUUUCUAUCAUAUAUUAUAUCUUAAAAUAGUUUUAUCUCUAAUCCUCUUUGAAUUUUGACGUGGGAUGAUUGCAGCUUAAAUCUGAUAAAUCUUAUACUGGGUCAAUUAGCUUCAGAUUCAAUAGCUUCAUACAAAUGUUUCUACUUAAAUAUCAAAGUGAGCUGUCAAACUUUAAUACUAAACUACUAAAGUUUAAUUGUAAACUGUAAACUUUAGUAAUAAACUACUAAGCUGUAGCAGUAAACUACUAAGCUAUAGUGAAAAACUACUAAAGUUUAGUAGUAAACUGGAAACUUUAGUAAUAAACUACUAAACUGUAGCAGUAAACUACUAUUCCUAAAAGCUAAAAGCUACUAAAGUUAAGUACUAAGUAGUAAACUUCUAUAAACUGUAAUAGUUAUCUAAUAAACUUAAGUAUUCAACUACUAUAAGACUGGUUCUAGGACAAAAAUAUUGAACUUAUUGAAUCCAUGCUAUAAGAUAAAGUUAUUGAUCAAUUCCUGAAUGCAUUCUAUAAGAUAAAGCUAUUGAAGCUACCGACCCAUGUGUAAGAUUUAAGCUGAUCAAAAUAUAGCAAUUAGAUCUAUGUUUUCAAAUAUUUACCAAUUUUAAUAACUUUUUACCAAAGAGUGGUUUUUAUUUAACAUUUUCCACUUUUUCACAUAUUCUCAAAUCUAAUUACGAGUGAAUGAAUAAUGUAUAUUUUUCUUACGUAAUCUCUAAGAAUGAAUAAGAAUUGCAACCUAUUAAGUUUAAUAAGACUGAUAUCCUACAAAGUAGGUCUAAACCUGGAUAUAUUAUAUAUAAACCUGGAUAUAUUAUAUAUAAACCUGGAUAUAUUAUAUAUA